CGCCACCACCAGUCGCGCGACAGCAUCUUUCAUCAACUGCACACAACGCAAAGCGAUUUUUCAUCAUGGCAACCGGCGGCGCUCACGGUGAGGCCACCGUUGGCAAAGAUGUGCCCCGACAAAAAAGUAUGGCGACUCCCGAUACCGUCAAGACCGGCUGCAUCGUCUGGGUUGAGAAGGACGGACAGCCUCGACGCGCCGAAGUCCUCAGUAUCAAGGAGACAAAGAGCGGAAAGCAAUUCUACUGCAACUUCGAUAGUUUCAACAAGCGACUUGACGAGUGGGUGCCGCUAAAGAGACUCGACUUCACCAAGGAAGUCGAAUGGCCAAUCCCCGAAAAAGACAAGCCCAAGGAAACCAAGAAGAAGGUUCCCAGUGGCCCGACCAAGAAGCAGCCCCCCAAGAAGGGACAGAAGCGCCCCGGAAAGCGUGAGCAGUCCGUCAAUUCCGAGGCUACAACGCCGCACCCAUGGACCGAGUUCGUGGAGUCGCAAGACGGACACAAGGCGGCGUCUACAGCCGACGCCGAUUCGCAGGCACCGGACAGCGCAGGCCCAACAACAGCAGCAGGUACACCGGCUCCUGGAGAUGAGAUGGAUGUCGACGAUGCGGAUAAGGCAGAGGAGUUUAGUCGCGAGGACGAAAUCGAAAAGCUACGAACGUCUGGAUCGAUGACACAGAACCCUGGCGAGAUUGCUCGUAUCAGAAAUAUUUCCAAGGUCCAGUUUGGCAAGAAUGAUCUCUUCCCAUGGUACUUUUCACCAUACCCUGAAGAGUUUACCCAAGAAGACGUCAUCUUUAUUUGCGAGUUUUGCCUUAGUUACUAUGGCGACGAGUUCUCCUUCACUCGUCACCGACACAAGUGCACGCUGCAGCAUCCUCCCGGCAACGAAAUCUACCGAGACGACUACGUUUCCUUCUUUGAGAUUGACGGCCGCAGACAGCGCACAUGGUGCCGCAAUCUGUGCUUGAUCUCCAAGAUGUUUCUGGAUCACAAGACUCUCUACUAUGAUGUUGACCCGUUUCUGUUCUACGUCAUGGCGACAAGAACUGAGAAGGGUUUCCAUACCGUUGGAUACUUUUCCAAGGAGAAGGAAUGCGCAGAAGGAUACAACGUUGCUUGUAUUCUGACACUGCCACAAUACCAAAGAAAGGGAUACGGUCGACUUUUGAUUCAGUUCUCGUACGAGCUAUCCAAGAUUGAGGGCAAGCUUGGCUCGCCAGAAAAGCCGCUGUCGGAUUUGGGACUGCUGAGUUAUCGUCAGUACUGGUCCGAGAACAUUCUGGAUCUCUUGAUUAGUGCCAACGAGCGUGGCGACAAGGUCACCAUUGAAGCCAUCUCGUCUGCGCUGGCAAUGACCACCCAGGAUGUGGAACACACGCUGCAGGCCAUGAAGAUGCAGGUCUACCACAAGAGUGACCACAAGAUUGUUAUUCCUGACAAGCUCAUCAAGCAGCGUGAGGCUCAGAAACUUAAGGCAAAGAGGACGCUUGACGCAGAAAAGGUGCAAUGGAAGCCUCCCGUCUUUUCCGCAGCUAGCAGAACUUGGGGAUGGUAAACCUACCAAAGGAGCACUAUUUUCGUAUAACAUUAUAUAUCUGUGGGUGCAUAUUGGAGCAUGGAUUCUUUAUGAUUAGCAACGGGCCGGAGUUUAUUUGCAGAGCAAAACAGGUGCAAUGUAUACUAGAUACCCUUUUAUUGUUUUAGGCGCUAAAA